AUGGAAUUUAUUAAAAGUGAAAAAGGUCGAGACCUUCUGUGUUACAACGGAUAUUUAUAUAGAUUUGACAAAAACAGUAGUUGGCGAUGUAUCGAAUGCAAUGCGAAAAAAUGUGGUCGUAUUAAUUUGACGGAUGGUCAAAUUAUUAAUGAAAGUAAAAAAGAGCACAACUAUAGACCCGAUAUUUCAAAAAUUGAAGCGAGAAAAGCAGUGCAAUUUUUAAAAACAACGGCAAAACAUAUUGAACUUAGUACUCAAGCAGUUUUAGGUGCAGUGUCUUUACAGGUAAAUAUAAUAUAAAUUUAAUAUUAAUAUUUAUGAGAUCAUUAAUUUACUGUAGUAACUUUCGUUUUCUGUUUUUUUUUUUUUUGUAAAUAUGCUCGUGUUUUAGAAAUAAUAAUUAUUACUAUUGUAGGUUACUGAAGCGGUUGCUGGUCAAUUACCCGCAGUUGAUUCAAUGAAAAAAACAGUUCAACGAAUUCGCCAAAAAUAA